GAAGUGUGAAAAACAAGCAUAUAAAAACACUGCUCUACUUGGGUAAAUUCACUUGAGUAAAUUUGCAGCUAUCUUUUGCACUGAGGGAUUUAUCAUCACUGACGAAAAGGGAAGAAAGCAGAACAAUAACAAUGGAUUUAGAUUACAAGGUUGCAUAUGAUUAUAAUUACACUUACAAUGACAUAUAUGAAGAUUUGCAUCCCUCUACAUCUACAUCAUCAAACCACUCCCAAUUACACCCUGAAGACCCAUUUAAAAUAUGUAUCAUUGUAUUAAUGGCCAUAAUAUUUCUUCUGGGUGUGUGUGGGAAUGGGCUGGUCAUCUGGAUGACGGUCUUGAAGAUGAAGAGGACAGUCAACACCACCUGGUUCCUCAGUCUGGCCGUCGCUGACUUCAUAUUCUGUGUCUUUAUUCCCUUCAGUAUUGUCCAUUUGGCCUUAGACCACCACUGGCCCUUUGGACUAGUUAUGUGCAAACUGACGUCCUUCAUAAUGUUCCUCAACAUGUUCGUCAGUAUCUUCCUCCUGACCCUCAUCAGCAUUGACCGCUGUGUGUCAGUCAUCUUCCCUGUCUGGUCUCAGAAUUACCGCACUCCAAGAAUGGCUUCUGUAGUGGUCCUGGCUGUAUGGGUGGCUUCUGCCCUCUUAAGCACAUCCUCCCUUGCGUUCCGUGACAUCCAUUCCACAGAUGAGAAAACCACUUGCUACAAUAACUAUAUACUGGCUAGUGACCAAUCACACCUGUCUGCAGCUGAGAGACAAAAAGCUGUUUCUUUAACAAGAUUUAUCUGCGGCUUUGUGAUUCCCUUUACAGUUAUAGUCUUUUGUUACUACUUCAUUGUCGCAAAAGUGAGAAACAACCACAUGGCAAAAUCCUCCAAGCCAUUCAGAAUCAUGGCGGGCAUCAUUGUUGCAUUCUUCGUCUGCUGGUUGCCCUAUCACGUGUUCAUAAUAAUGGAGAUCAGCCACCAGCAGCACAAUAAACAGGUGCUCCACUAUGGGAUGCAAAUAGCCUACAUGCUCGCUUCUGCCAACAGCUUCUUAAACCCUAUUCUCUAUGUAUUCAUGGGCAAAGACUUUCAGCAGAAGUUUAGGCUCUCUGUUCUUUCCAGGAUGGAAAAUGCACUGGGUGAGGAUGUACAGACAAGCAGGCAAUUCUCAAGGACCAAUUCAACAUAUGACAAAGUCUCAACCCACAUAUAACGUGGUGAACUUUCUCCUUGACUGUUUAUCAGAGCUAUCUUUACGAAUGCAUUGCUCCUCUGGGUUAGAUGCACUUUGUGUCAUUCUGGUGAGGUUCUGUGACCUCAAUAGGGUUCUCUACUAUCAAAUCACCUGUUAUCAAAAGUUCUGUGCUCUGUAUUGUCACAUGUUUUAUUUUGUUUGGUUGCACUUUGUCCAUUUUUAAGCAUGCAUUCAAAAUCACCUGGCGUUUAAUAAAAUGAAUACCUCUGGGGAAAUCAAUUUGUAAUUGCACAUGAAUUAAAAAGAAAACAAAAAAACAACUGU